AUGUGGCCCGCUAAGCCCAGCGCCCGGCUGCCCGCAUUGCUGCUGCUGGCGCUGGCUUUGUCCCCGCCCGGGACCCAGGGGCGGCCCCGGGGACGCAGGGCGGUGCGUCCCGCUGAGUUCAAGCCACAGCCUUUCCUCCCGGUAACAGGGACUCGCCAGGCUCCCAGAGCCUCCCGAAGCGCAGAAAUAUUCCCAAGAGACUUGUCCUUGAAAGACAAAUUCAUAAAGCAUUUCACAGGGCCUGUCACAUUUUCAGCUGAAUGUAGCAAACACUUCCAUCGACUUUAUCACAAUACCAGGGAUUGCUCCAUGCCAGCUUAUUACAAAAGGUGUGCUAGAUUGCUGACGAGAUUAGCCGUGAGCCCGCUCUGCUCCCAGACCUAGGAAAUUUACCCUACAUUUCAUAAGAUGCAAAUCUAAUUUGAAGAAAAAGUAUUUGGAAUCAUAUUUAAUGUUUAGUUUCAGAUGAACCUGCAUAAAGUAACUUCCCAGGAGUUAACUGAUGAGUGGUGUCCCGAAG